UGUCACGACUAUUACAACGACCCAUGCCUCUUAUCGUGCUUUCACACUUUUUGCGCUCGCUGCAUUCGGGGACCUCACGUUGACAACAAAAUAUCCUGUCCGACUUGCGGGUAAAUAUAUACGAAAAAAGGGGGGGAAAAAAAAAGGAAAAUACGCCUCGACCAGUAGGCCCGAGUGCAUGAAGCAUGUGCGACCGCAUUGAUGUGUUUACGAACUUUUUCAUUUCACGAAUAAAACUUGAAAAGCUCGUUGCGCCCAGAUCCAUUUGUUGUACAAGAAUCGACGUAGCUCGAUACAGAAUCAAACGAUAGUGGCAACAAAACAAAAACAGAAGAAAGAAACGUAUUUGUUUUCACGCGGUAGAUUUUCAUCCGGAUUUAAUUUACUUUUAAUUAGACGCGCCGCGAAUCCAGGAAGCUCCGAGUCGUUCGAACAAAACUAUUUUCAUUCGAUUCUCUCGCUUGACAUUCUCUCCGUUUCAACAACUUUUCCACCGAGAAAGUAAAGAAAGUUGAGAGACCGAUGAAUGGCAUCGAGCGGGGGGGGGAUGAAGAAAGGGAGGAAUGGAAAGAGAAAUUGACAGACAGAUAGAGAUGGAAAGAGAAAAUAUUCACAGUUGCAUAGCAACCCUAUCGUAUCUCUCGAUCUCUGGCAUUCAUUGUUUGGCCAUUCUUAUUGUCUACACGGAGCUGAUUGUAUGCUUACGCUCUUCCUCCUCAUCCUACUCGCUCCCUCUUCAACUCCAUUCAACAAUUCGAGGGAUGUAUGUACCUUUUGAAGUGUAUUUGCGUCUGCCAGCAGCCCCCUCCCGACGCGCCCCUCCGCAUCCCAGUAAUUCAAUUAUUAAGGCCCACAUCACUUCGGGGCUUUGACUUAGCCCUGCUUUCUCUAUCGUCCAACUUUCGGCGCGCUCCCACCGCGAGUCUAAUUUUAUAACGCACUGAUGAGAUAACGCACUUGAUCUCUCGAGUGGCCAUUGUUUCUGUCCCGCGACUAAGUUAGUCCUUUGAGAAGGGCAACUCGACGUUCUUCGAUUGGUAAACGAAACAAGCUCUCCGGGGAAAAACAUUCGCACUUCGAUUCUCCAUUUAUUCAAUGCUGGAUCGAAUUAUGUCUAUGAAUGCAGUUAUCGCUCCUCGGUAUCCUGGCUAAACAGUUUUGAGAGGGUAGUCGAAUAGAAACCGACGAACCGAACGAUGAUCAAAGCGCUUCCACGCCAAUGGAUCGUCAUUGAGCGUCCUGCCUUCUCUCUCGUAUCAAUCUAACCGUCAUCCGUUUUUUGCCCCUUAAAAAGCUCCCCGGGGAGCCCUAAUUCGAACUUUUAUCGUCAGCCGCGUACAGAUUCGUUUCCUCGAUAAUGUGACUCUUGAUUUUAUCCGCGAGCACGCGAGCUUUCUCUUUAUUUUUGUUUUAUUUUUAUUCCAACGACCGUUCGGAUCAAUGGGACGAAAAGAUUUGAGACUGCUGGAAGCGAUGCCUUCCGGGAAAACGUCCCUGAAAUGCGAUCUUGAGAUAAUUACGGAAAUCACGAAGAUUAAAUGAGCUGGAAAAGUUUGGCUCCGAUCCUUCAAGAUGAUCAUGGAACACGCAUCCCUUCGACGCUCCCUCAAUAUAAUCGCGUGGUUUCAAGCGUUACUAAACUUUGCCAUCAGAUUUCCUCUCGCGCGGUAUCUCAAAGUUUUCUCCCCGUGUUAUUAAAAGCAUCGAAAUGGAUUCGAUUGAUACGAUAGACUGUUGACCCAGUUCUAACGAAACGUCCAAUGUACCGCGGCCGUCCAAAGAAACUCAAUUAAUCCAAUUGUGAGACCAGACGUCGGAGGCCACUUCCCAAGUCCCCACCCCCGCCCCGAAACCAAAUAUUUUCCCUCGCACCACUCAAAUUGAUCUAAUUUCUCACUUAUGAAUGUUACUCUGAUUGAGUGAUGAGAGUGCUCAGCCAUGAAUUGUGCUUUCAACCACUGAGUUGCCAGCUCGACCCUCCGUUCUCCGUUACGUCUAACUGCUCCACCGGAAGUCAAGGAAUUCAAUAUUAUUACGGACUCCGAAGAGCCAAUGAUAAUCUACAGGGUGCACCUCAACUUUUUGCGCAGUCAAAUGACUCAAUUGAAGGAAGGCGCGAUGCUUCCACCGGUCGAUCAGUUGAUGCGACAGCUCGUGGAGUUGGCUAAUUCGGAGAAUCCACCGUGCGCGAAUUGUGACAAAAGGGACAAGUCCGGAAUGUUUUUUUGCACGACAUGCGGUCAGGCGCUGUGCACGCUCUGUCGAGAGCCGACUCAUCGGGCGAAGAUGUUUUCUUCCCACGAAGUGGUGCACAUGAGCAAGUGUUCAAAGGAUACUCAGCGACGUUGUUCGACCCACGGUGAACUCUACAUAAUGUACAGUCAGAGUGCGAAAUGCAUGCUGUGCGCGACUUGCUUCCGCGAGACUCCGGCAGACGCGAGGAUCCAUUGCGUCGACAUUGAGAGCGCUUGGCAACAAGCAUCAAAGAAGAUGGAGCGGACGGCUAAUCACAUCUGCGAAUUGCAAGCCGGAGUCCACGACAACCUUCUCGCAUUGAAGUCGCAGCUCGACGAGCUGCGCCGCUCUUUGGAGAGUGAAAAAAAGUCGCUCAACGCUUAUUGCCAGGGCAUGCAAGAGGUUGUUAACAAAACCCAUUCGGCUGUGCUGACGGAGUUGCAGAGACAGUUCGAGACGAAGGAAAGGAUGGUCAGAGCUCAGCUGCUCUCUCUGGGCUCGGCCCUCCCGGUCCUUCAGAUGCAUCUGAUGCUCUGCACUGUUUUUACGACGGGUGCGACCAAGCACCAGUUCCUGGAGCUGGCUCAUCCGAUGCUCGAGAGACUCGACAGGGUCGCGCAGCUCGGCCAUCCUCCGAGACCCCCCCUCGUCACUGUUCAUCUCAAAAACACUUAUAGAAACGAUUUUGCUAGGGCUCUUCAGCCUUACGUUGGCCAGAGCGUCGGGGGAGGGCAGAAGGAAGCUCUGUACGAUCACACUCACAUGAUGGGACAGGAUCCAAUCAUACUUCAGAGCGCGAAGAGCUCCCAGAGAGGGCAGAACAAGAGCACCGGCCAGCAGCAGGACUCGAGUGCACCGUUCUCCAAUCAUUGCAGAACUUUUGAUUCCCAGUUAAAAGAACUCAGCCAACAAUUGAUGGCCGUUAAAGAGCGGCUGGGGGAGUUGCACCGGGACGUGGCGGUUCUACGGAGAGCGAAUACCCCGCCGUUGGGCUCGCGGUACGAGCACGUUGCCAGAGACUGUAAAAUUCUGGAACAGCAGCUCGAGCAUCACCAGAUCGAGUUGGAAGGUCUCGGCAACAUAUUCGACGCUCUGUGGGAAGAGCAGCUGUGCAAAAUUCACGUAGAAAAGGAAAUAUUCCAUGCACAGAUGAAUGACAUCGUGACUCUCCGGGGCGAGGUUAAACAACUACAGAACUUGACCCAGCAGCUCGAGCCGUUUGUCAAGUCAUUCACAGCGGGUGUCAACGCUGGCGAGAUAAGAGCUGCAGCCUUGGAUUCGUCCGACCAACAACACCUCGAAGCACUCUUGGAUCAUUUGGCACGUCUUCAAAUGCAGGAAUCUCAGCAAUCUCAGCCAACCGCGCCUACCAAAGAUUGCCGGCAUUCGAGAAACACACCGACCAGCGCGGACAACGCCCUUUACAUGAAAGAAGCGAAGGAGAUGCCGACCCGGUGCAGAACUCCGUUGGGAGGAGUCGGAGCUCUCCUGGACUCCGGUGGGAACAUCGUGGUUUACGGGCCGACGAAGCAGCCCGACGUGAAACGAGGAGUGCUCAGUCAAUUGAUAGAAAAAGCUCGGCCUCGGGAGGACCGAAAAAAAUCACCGGGUCGCGAGGAGGGUGCUCGUGACAGGAGCGUCGGACGGAGAUCGAGGAAAUCACCGGACAACGCGAAACCGAAAACGCCGCCGGGUCACGGAGGCUCUUCGUCGAGUAGUAAAGUUCGUACGUUGUAUCGAUCGUUGAAAGGAGCAGCGAGCUCGAGCAACGCGGUGACCGACGGCCCGGUUUCCGGCGGUCAAGAUGGAAACGAGCAGCCUGAAAGGUGCACGGAAUCGCAGCAACGACAGUCCCAGUCGGGCGGAGCGGAAGAGAGUGACUAUCAGAGAAUAUCGGAUGCGUCGACACUCGGAGAAGCCAAGAAACGUGUCCAGGCCCAAGUGCACGCCGCCCCGACGGACGAGCAGCAACCGACGACCUCGAAAACCGUUAAAUAUUAUCCGAUGAGCGACCCCGAGGACAUUUUUUAUCCGAAUGAAAAAUCAGGAAGCGCCGGAAGCGUCUCAGGACGCAGGAGGCGGAGAGCGAGCUGCGACAGCCUGAGCACGACAGGCUCGGGAAACAGUCCGAGAUCGAGCAUAGUCGAUGCCACCAUGGGCCAGUCCGGCGGCGCGCCUCAAGACACGAGGAAAGCCCUUUCCGUGCUCUUCGGCACUCCAGCCGGACAAACAAUGUCAGUCGGCAAAGCUGCAGCGCGCGUCCAGAAACAAAGAUCGUGGGAAACGUUUCCACGCCCGAAGAGCAAGCGAGGCAUCAGCCCCUCCGUCAUCGCAGCUGCCGAAUCCAACGCAACCGGGCUUGGACAACUUAAAAAAGCUGAUAGCUUCGAAGGCCACGAAGAAGCUGUCAGAACACUCGUUGCCGCCGUUCAGGAAACUCGCUCUCAUCACAGGCACCAUCACGCUCAUCAACAUCGUUAUCAUCGUAAGAGCAAAACAAAUUAAGCUUAAGAACACACACACACACACACAAACACAAACACACGCGCAUACGUUUAUUAAGUUUUUCAAACAUUUUCAUUAUCGGUAUUAAUCGUUAACGAGGCAAUGACAAGGAAUUGGAAAGGCUACGAGAACGCGGAAUCGACGCCGCAUCACCGAUAUCGAUAACGCGUUGGUCGGACUAUCGGAGCUGGGUUACUCGCUUCCAAACACUCCACUCCUUCGAUCUAACCGUAACAACCGAAGCCACUUUUUGCCACUAUUUUUUAUCGGGUUUAAAGUAUCUUCGAUGUCAUCGCCCACCGCGAUUACCUCUCGAUUCAUAUUCGAAGAUAUAUCAGCCGAUAAAUACUUACUCAUCAACUUUGAGAAUGCAGAGUCUGAGAUAGAGAUUAGGUUCGAUUAAACACGUUCAAUGAAAGUCCCGUUUUAUCCAAUGUUUCCGGAAAAAACGCUCUACUCCCGUGAACAUUCACGCGGGAUGAUCAGUUCGGACGAAUUAUUGAGACACCGAUCAGAGUCAAUGUGGCAGAUCCGGUUAACUCUAUUUGGAAUACGUUUUCAUGGAAUCAAGGUGAAUGCCUGAUGGAGACUCAUCGAAUGAAUGCUCAUUUUUCAAAGUGCAUUUAAGGAAGAUCAUGCGUUACUUGGAUUUAAAAAAGUGACUGAACUUUUUGCUGUUUUCAUGAUCAAUGAAACGAUUACAAUUUGGUCUCGUAAUUAUUAAAAUUAUGUGUUACGUAUUUGAUGAGAUUGAUAAAUUUUUAAUAUAAUGAUUGCGGCUAAUAAAAUACUUUCGUAGUUAAAUCGUCAAGCCAAAUGUGACAACAGCCAUUUUAUAUUUAUAUGCGUAUGCAUAUCUAUAUUUUAAACUAGCUGGCUCGCAUGGUGCUGUCAAACCUUCCAACGUUUGUGUCGUUAUUACUCGUUAACCUCAAACAAGUGUUUUUCUUCUUCAAUUCCCAAGUGAUUUUCAACGGUAAUAAGGCUUUCUCCAAAGCAUCAUUGAUGUCUAAAAACAUUAUAUUUUCUUAUUCUCGUUUUUGGCCCUUCAAAGUUGGGAGGAUCCUAUUUCAUGAAAUCCAAAUGGUCGCACAAGAAGAGUGCCUGCCAUAAGGGCUAAAAAAAUGUGAUUUUCGUGAAUUGUUUUUUCGAUAACUAGACGGUAGAUCUUAUAAUAAUUCCGAGAAUAGAUGCACGCUGUAUAUUUCUAGGAUAUUUCCAAAUUUCAACUCUUAGAUUCGCGUGAUCUUCCUUAAACAAAGUUUCAUUGAAAAUCGACAGUGUCGCGUUUGCAUAGAAAUUUUUCAGGUAAAAAUCCGCACUUUUCAAACGCUCUCAAUUCUUCAAAUUUCAUUUUCUUCCCCAAUGAAUCCUCCACCGAGUUUUUCGCGUCGAUUUUCCUCCGAACUCCAUCGCUUUACGCUCCCCGUUGCAUCCCCAAUCCAGUGAGUGGUUAAAAAAAAUUUUUAUUACAGUUAUUUGAAUGUUCAUGAUGACAGAUCGUCGAAAGAUGAAAAUACGAUUUGACAAAGCGCGGUGAAUUUUCCGGGGAAUGGGAUAUAGUACAGCGCGAAGCAUAAAAAUUCGUCGAAAAUUGUGGAUUACUCUCUGGAAAAUCUCCGUAAAAAAAUAACGUCGUGAAAUGUAGUCACCGGUUGAUGAUUCUGUGAAUUUAUCGUUAUUAAAUAUUCCUCAGGGUAAAUCUGCCGUCGGUUCAUCCAUUCGGCGAAUGAAACUUUGAAUGAAAGUAUUUUUAAAAAAUGUAGCACUCACUCGACCAGUGCAAAGCUGCUGCGCGGUAUUGACUCGAGUAUUAAAAAAAAAAGUUACGUAUACUUCGAACUUUGGCUGGUGCAACGUUUAUAUGCUGGCGAAGAAAAAAAGGGACAAACAGUUUUAUACGUUCUGGCUGACAAGCCGCGUCGAAGUGAGCGCUCCAACUCAGCUCGACUGAGCUCAUGAAAAGGCCUUUUGCUGUGACAUUUCGUGUUAAAAUUGUCGGCUUUAUAGCGUUUAAAUUAUCGAGUUUAAGGAAAGCAACUACUGCAGGGAUCUCUGGAGGGUAAAUCGACGUAAUAUUAUCAACAUGCACAACCGUUAUAGCACCGAUCGACUCGAUUGUGUUACAAUUGUUUAAUGCCCUCAUGUUCUUCGGUUCAGAUUCCUCGAUUGGAGGGAAAAUUAACUAGGAAUAUUUAUUUUGCUCGGGGUUUUACGAUACGAAUUUCACAGUGAUUUUUUUCAACCUCGAAUUUCCCGAAAUAUAUUUACUUCGCGACGAUAAUCUCACACAUCAGAAUUGUGCUCAAACGAUAACGUUUACCUUGGAAAAAAGUUGAUGAUUUUUUGUCUAUGGGUUAAGUCUUAAAAGUUGCAGAAUCCAUGAGAAAAAUUCAACGAACGAAAGGUUUUUCGUAUCCUUCAUGUAUUUUUGAAUAAACACUUUUCACGAGACUAAAUUUGAGCCCGAUACAGGCGAUGCUGAAUUUCGAGUUCGGACGAAUAACGAGGUUUUACGUACGAACGAUUUUUCGAGACUGUUUUAACGAAACGAUUAUUUUAUACUCCAGUCCGAACUCAUCGGCAAACAAAUUCAAAAGUUUUGACAAAGUUUUACAAGAUUUCACGAAAUAUUUCGCCGCGAAUGGCACACGGGAAAUCCACGAAUUGUUAAAAUAGCCACGAGAAAUACAAAUGGAAACUCAUUUCGACGGGACGAUAUUAAUUGAUUGGAUUAUUUAUUUAUAAAAAUAUUUUCAACGCCACGUUCAAUGAAACUGCCAAAAAUUUGAUGAUUCCCUUUCGAAAUACAUACAUACGAUUCUAUCGAAAUAUAACUGUAAACUCGAGUGGGUAUUCGUUCAAUUUUAUAGAAAUUUUACUGCAUCGAAGCCAUAUUAUCAUGUAACCGCAUAGGAUUUCCUCAUCGCGUUUUUAUACGAACACGCACUCGUUAAAAUAAACUGAAAUUUUUCGAAAGAGAAA